GACGAUGUGAGCGAGCGCCAGUUAUCGUCCAAUUAACCCAUGACCAAACCACUGUACUUAAUUUGACCGAUUAAGAACACCACUUGGUUGCUUCUUCCACCAUUCAUCUAACAUAUUCCUACGGGCUUACGACAAGGCAAGGCAAGACUUUUGGUUGACGAAGAAGACCAGGCUUAAUUUCUCGUCGCAUUAAUGUCGGUUCCCACUUGUAACCCACUUCUUUAUCUCUACACAAUCGACCUAGCUAUAUCUAUAUAUACACAUCCUGGUUUCCUAUAGGCAACAUAUAAUAUACAUUACAUGUAUCCAAAAGAUUCCGAUUCACUCAUGGAGAAACCAUGCUUACUUCUUCUUCUUGUUACCAUGUUUUCGGUGCAUUAUUGUCUUGAAUCUUCCUUGGCUGGAACAGUGACCAACAUUGACACUGAUCAAUCUGCUCUUUUUGCUUUGAAAUCCCAUAUUUUUUACCCUACCAAUGUGUUGCUCAAGAACUGGACUAAUAGCACGCCGGUUUGUACUUGGUUUGGAGUAACUUGCAAUGCUCGCCACAAAAGAGUUGCAACCUUAAACAUUGCUAACAUGGGCCUCAUAGGUACCAUCCCUCCAGAUUUGGGGAACCUCUCAUUUCUUGUUUCGCUGGACCUUACCGCCAAUAAUUUCCAUGGUGAUCUCCCCAAAGAAUUGGCUCAUCUUCGUCGAUUGGUGAUCCUUAGUUUUGCAUUUAAUAACUUCACCGGACAGAUCGCAUCGUGGUUGGGUCCCUUUCCUAGGCUUCAGUUAUUGAAUCUUGAGAAUAACAGCUUUUCAGGAAAUGUUCCAGAAGAAGUUGGUAAACUUGAGAGGCUAAAAGGGCUGGUCAUGGACGGUAACCAACUUCAGGGCCCUAUACCAUUUGGCAUCUUCAACAUCUCGUCACUUGAAUAUAUCUCUUUUAUGUACAACAAGCUCAGUGGCAGGCUUCCAACAGACGUGUGUCGUUAUCUUCCAGAACUGCAAUACUUUAGAGUAUCUGGCAAUGAAUUAGAAGGCCAAAUUCCAUGGGGUUUACAAGAGUGCUCAAACCUUCAAGUAUUGGGUUUGUCGAAAAACAAAUUCACUGGAUUCAUACCAAGGGAGAUCGGGAACUUAACCAAGCUUGAGGAGUUAUUUCUUGGCCUAAACAAUUUGGCAGGAGGGAUCCCGCAGGAGUUGGGUAAUCUGGUUAAUUUGAAGAUUCUACACUUGAGAGAUGCUAACCUUACUGGUUUCAUCCCAACCCACAUUGGAAAUUGUACUUCAAUCACAGUGCUAAACCUAUCAAACAAUAACUUGACAGGUAUAAUACCAGAGGAAAUCAGUAGCCUUGGGAAUUUGGAGCAAUUGCUGAUCCACUUCAACAACUUACGAGGCCCCAUUCCAACUGCCAUCUUCAACAUCUCAACAUUAAAAAUCAUUUCACUUGUUAAUAAUCACUUCUCUGGAAAUCUACCACCAACUAUGGGCAAUGGGCUACCCAAUCUUGAACUACUCUAUCUAGAUAGAAAUGAGCUCACAGGAGCAAUCCCAAACUCAAUUACUAAUGCUACUAAACUCACAGAAAUAGAUCUUUAUAUGAAUAAAUUGAGGGGUUCAAUUCCUCUUUCCCUUGAAAAAUUGGUACUCCUUCAAUACUUGAACAUCGGUAGAAACAAUCUCACUGGUCAACGCCCAUCUCUAGAAUUGAGCUUCCUCAAAUCCUUGACCAAGUGUCGCCAUUUACAAAUAUUGUGGCUGAAUGAAAAUCCUUUAAAUGGCUACCUUCCAUCUUCUAUUGGAAACCUUUCCACUUCCCUCACGAGCAUUAGAGCAAGAUACUGUGGAAUUAUAGGCAACAUUCCAAAUGAAAUUGGUCACUUAAACAAUUUGGUACUCUUAGAUCUUGGCAACAAUUUUUUGACUGGUUCACUUCCCACAACACUCAAAGCACUAGUGAAUCUUCAAGAACUAUAUCUCGAUAACAACAGUCUACAUGGUCACAUUUCUGAUGAUCUUUGCUACUUACAAAAAUUGGGAUCCUUAUAUUUGGAAAGGAAUAAAUUUUCAGGUCCAGUGCCAACAUGUUUAGGAAAUAUCAGUUCUUUAAAAAACCUUUACCUGGGUUUCAACAAAUUAACUUCCAAUUUACCAGCGAGCCUGUGGAGCCUGAAAGAUCUUUUGCGUCUUGACAUGUCCUCAAAUGUACUUACAGGCUCUCUACCCCAAGAGAUUGGAAGUUUAAAAGUUGCCAUCUAUAUAAAUCUGUCAAUGAAUCAAUUCACAAAACAAAUACCUAGCACGGUUGGAAGUCUCAUAAACAUGAUCCGUCUUUCUUUGGCACACAACAAAUUUGAAGGUCCCAUUCCUCAGUCAAUUGGAAAGAUGAUUGGUUUGGAGGACCUUGAUCUAUCACAUAAUGAUCUUUCUGGCACGAUUCCCACAUCUUUAGAAGCACUCUCAUACCUCAAGUAUUUUAAUGUAUCUUUCAAUCAAUUGAGAGGAAAAGUUCCAAGUGGAGGACCCUUCAAGAAUUUCACGAAUAUGUCUUUUUUGUCAAAUGAAGCAUUGUGUGGCGCCUAUUGGAUACAACUGCCACCAUGCCCUGAUGGUUCCCCUCAGCAUUCAAGGAGAAAAAGAGUGCUUGUCUUUGUAUUUGUUUUCCUGGGGGUCGGAUUGAUAAUUCUUGUGUUGACCCUUUCAUUUGUGUGGCUGAGAUGUCGAAGAACAAAUCCACCUUCAGCUCCGACUCUUACGUUAAAUACAAUAACACACGGAAGAAUUCCACACCAUGAACUUGUACAAGCAACUAAUGGGUUCAAUAACAGCAACUUGCUUGGCAGAGGGAGUUUUAGUUCAGUUUACAAAGGAAUUCUCAGAGAUGGGACAAUCGUAGCCGUGAAAGUAUUCAAUUUACAGCUAGAAGGAUCAUCCAAAAGCUUUGAUAGAGAAUGUGAAAUGCUGCGCAACAUUCGACAUCGAAAUCUAAACAAGGUUAUAAGCAGCUGCUCUAACCUUGAUUUCAAAGCCUUGAUACUUGAGUAUAUGCCUAAUGGAAGCCUUGACAAGUUGUUAUACUCUAGCAACCUUUUCUUAGAUAUCCAACAGAGAUUAGACAUAAUGAUAGAUGUGGCAUGUGCAUUGGAUUAUCUCCAUCAUGGUUAUUCUACACCCGUGGUUCACUGUGAUCUGAAGCCAAGCAAUAUCCUGUUAGAUGAAGAUAUGGUUGCGCAUGUGAGUGAUUUUGGCAUUGCCAAGUUCUUAAGAGAGGGCAAGAAUGUUGUGCAAACCAACACGCUAGCUACAAUUGGUUAUACUGCUCCAGAAUAUGGACAGCAAGGAUUAGUGUCCACGAGGUGCGAUGUAUAUAGUUUUGGUAUUUCAUUGAUGGAAAUAUUUACCAGAAAAAAGCCCUCUGACGAAAUGUUUGAUCAAGAUACGAACUUAAGAAGUUGGGUGAACCAGUCAGUACCAAAUGAAGUGAUUCAUGUUAUGGAUACCAAACUGUUGAACUUACAGGAAGAACACUUGUCUGCAAAGAUCCAUUGUGUGUCAACCAUCCUAGAAUUGGCCUUGAAUUGCUCUUCAGAAUCACCUGAGGAAAGGUUCAACAUGAAGGAUGUUGUAGCAUCUCUAAAGAAUACCAAACGUCAAUUCCUCUCAGAUUUGAAAUAAUGACUUUCUUAGUGCAACUCAAGGUGCUAUGUUCUACAUUCAUGACAGAAAAUAAGCUGGAAUCAAGGUGGAUUAAUUAAUUAUGGUGGAAUUAUAUGCAACCUCGACUUAUUUAUAGAAUAUCAAUAUUUAUCAUAUUUUCUUUUAGAGGUUAGGAUUCUUGUAAAUUGCAUUUGUAGUAUUGCGACUUCAAUAUGUAUGCGUGCAUAUAUGUGUCACAUUUAUAUUGUUAUGACUCGAUAUGUAUGUAUAUAUGGAUUUCUUAAGUUAAAAGUUUCUUCAUGGUC